GUUUUCAUCGUUGCUUUGUUUGAUUUUUAUCUUUACAUUAUGCUAUAUUUGUAAUUGUAUCUGAUAAAGUCUGAAAAAGAGACAAUGAACCGCGGAGUUUGGUUCCCGGCGUGGCCGCAGGGGGGCAGCACCGCCCGGAGGACCGCUCAGCUCCGAUCCGUCUGCGGAAUCCCGUAGAAGAAGAAACCGCGCGUGCGACCGGGUCAGAAAGAGUGGAAGAAAAGUCUGUCUUUGUCCCCGAAACUGCGUUUUUCCCUCACAAUGGACGCCCAGGACACGGAGUCCUUCAGAGAGUCCUGUCCUCAGUGCUCUCAGGUCCACUGGGGGGUUUCAGGAGACGGACGCUUCUACUGCCGGUCCUGCUACACCGAGGUGGAGAGGAGCCGGGAGGUGGAGGAGGUGGUGAAGGACCAGAGCUCCGGCAGGGUGACCCGGAUCAACAAGGGACCCCGAACCAAGAGGGACGACGGGGGUCUGGCCUGGAGGGUGUGUGAGGCGUUCCAGUUCAUCCUGAAGAACCAGGCCGACGCUCUGCUGCAGCUGGGGGUCAGCCCAGGAUUCAAGGACCUGGUUCUGUGCAGGAUGUGGAGGAUUUACCUGCAGAGGAGUCGACAGGCCUACACCCUGAGCCCCGGGGCAGCCAGACAGGGGGGUCCCGUCUCGGACUCGGACAGUGCAGUGGACUCCUCGGUCUGGUCUGGAGGGUUCUCGGAAUCGAACCCUCGGAGCGACGCGGACUCUCAGCCAGAGAGCGGCUGUGAUUGGUCGGGCUCCGCGGACGCCGCCUCCUACCUGAAGACCCGGCGCAGCGGCGGCCGGAUGACCAUGAGGAGGACCCUGGCCCUGGUCCACCUGGCCCUGGUCUGGAGCCGCCAGGCGCUGACGCUCAGCGACCUGCUCAGGCUGGUGCAGGACGGACUGGUCCCCUACCUGAAGGCCUACGAGCUGCUGCCGGACCAGAUGAGGCUGCGGGGGCUGGACCUGCUGCUGUUCAGGGUGGAGAGCGUCCCCCCCUACGCGCCGGUCCACCAGGACGCCCAGGACCUGGUCCGGUUCUUGCAGCUUCCUGCUUUUCCUCCAAUCAGCACGGAGACGCCGCUGCACCCGGCGCCGCUCAGCCGCCGCCUGCUGCUGGACGCCAACCUGCCCGACCGGCUCCACCCCUGGGUCCUGCGGCUGACGGAGGCGGCCGGCCUGGCGGGUCCGGAGCCCCACACCCUGGACCCGGUCCUGGUCCCCCGGCCCGUCCUGCCGCGCUACGAGCUGCAGGCCGCCGCCCUGGUCCUGCUGGUCCUGAAGACGCUGUUCGGCCUGGACGACCGCACCGAGUGGGACUUGUCCAGCCGGGACCUGGGGGACUCGGGUGAGUCCCGGUCCAGACUCCAGACCGGCCCCGUCCCCCAGCCUGAGGCCGGGUCCUCUCCGUCCUCCACAGAGGACACGUUCCACCUGAGGCGCUGGUUCCGCCUGCUGCAGACGGCGCUGUCCCGCCGCCGGAGGGACGCCGCCCGGGACGCCGCCAGGACGCAGUGGAAGUCCAACAAGAUGGUCUUCAGGAGGAGGAGGGACAGACACUGGGCGGUGAAGAAGAGACGGACGGCGGAGCAGGUGCAGGCCUGCUUCGAGAGGCUGUCCUCGUGUCCGGCUGGUGUCCAAACCGUGGCUCCGUCCAGCUUCAGGUUCUGCUGGGGGGACGGGGACGGCGCCGACGGUCCCAGCAUGCACCACAUGAAGCUGGACCGGGUCCUGACCCUGAAGAACGGCGUCCCCGUCCCGUCCAACACCGUCUACUGGCACCCCGCCCUGAGGCCCUGCACCGACAGGCUGUGCCGGGCGGACCACUUCCUGCCGGAGCUGGAGGCGGAGCUUCCGCAGAGCUUCUCCUGGACGCUGCAGCUCUUCUCCGUCCUGCUGGGCGUCGAACCGGCAGCCGUCCUGCAGGAAGUCCUGUCGGUGGAGAGACGGCUGCUCAGCGGCAGGACGCCCGGGACCGGGACCGGGACCGGGACACUAAGACGGGGCCAGAGCUCCACCCGGGUCCAGAGCUCCACCGCUAAACCCCACGGGGGCUUCUAGAGGACUGCAGGUGCAGCAGGUGCAGCUGCUCUCUGAUUGGCUGAUGUUUCACAGGUGCAGCAGGUGCAGCUGCUCUCUGAUUGGCUGAUGUGUUUCAAUAAAGCUUGAA